AUGUCCGCUAACAUCAUCACGAGCGUUAACAUCAUUGGGAUCUCCAGUGGGGGGCCCUAUUCGAGUGCGUUUGACGAAUGCUUGGCCAAGUUCCACUGGGAGCUUUCGGCUGCCGAACGUCACCCCGUGGACCAGUUCCUUUCCGGUCACGAAAAGAUCAUGGCUGAGAAAAAGGCGGAAUUGAACAGAAUCAAUUUCAACCACCAGAUGUUUCUUAAGGAUGAAAUCCUCAAGAACUGUCAGGCUCCUAAUCCCGUGGCAUUUGGUCGGUUUGCUCGGACGUCCGCUGAAAGCCACAACGCAUACAUGAACGGAGAUGAAGCCAUUAUUCACGAUUUCCGUCAAAAAUGGAAUGCUGAAACCGAAGCCGACGCUAAGUUACGUCUUGAAGCUGACGCCACGGCUCGGUUGAAGGUAACAAGAAACAAGUACGAUCAAAAGUCCAUGGAGAGCAUAAUUCGUACGUUUCACAUCAAUGCUGAAGAUCAACGGAAGAUCCACCAAGCCGAACACGGCGUCAAUCAAUCCUAUAACGCGGCGGAAGUCACGUACAAGGCGAAAGUGGACCAACUUGCUUCGAAGUGCUUCGCUGGCACCUCCAUCAAGUCGGUGAGAAUGCCCCCUGCUAGUUUAGUAUUCGUGAGAGAGUCCGGUGCCACGAUGAUUCCGAUGGCACUCCGUCGCACUCAAUUUUUCCCUUGA